AUGAAGGAUCCUUUUCCCAUCGCCCCGAUACCAGCCUUGUCCAAGGCUGUGCAGCCAUGGGCCGACUGGCUCUCUCUGCCGACCCUGCCGCUGCACAUCCAUGAGGUUCUCAUAAUAGCCGCGUUCUACCACUUUGUCCAUGUGGUCGUCGCCCCUUUAGUCUCAAACUGGGUGUUUCCAGUCCAGUACAAGAGCUUGUCGAGGACCAAGAAGCUCAACUGGGAUGUACACGUCGUCUCCUUUGUCCAGAGCACCACCAUCAAUGCUCUGGCCUUGUGGGUUGUCUUCGCCGACGACGAGCGCUGGAACAUGGAUGCUCAAGAGCGUGUCUAUGGCUACACUGGUGCUAUUGCCAUGAUCCAGGCCCUCGCUGCUGGUUACUUUCUGUGGGAUCUCAUCAUCACAGCUUCCAACAUGCACAUAUUUGGUCUUGGCAUGCUCGCUCAUGCCAUUAGUGCCUUGCUGGUCUAUUCCUUUGGUUUCCGACCAUUCGUGAACUACUAUAGCACAACCUUCAUCCUCUGGGAGCUGUCGUCUCCCUUUCUCAACAUCCACUGGUUCUGCGACAAGCUCGGCCUGACGGGCUCCAAGAUCCAAUUGUACAACGGCCUCGCCCUGAUUGCCACCUUUUUCUCCUGCCGCCUCGUAUGGGGCACGUACAACUCUUACCGCGUCUUUUGCGAUAUCUGGAGCGCUAUGGAGACCAAGCCUUCGUACAUUCCCUUGACCUCGGAUGUGGCCCAGAACCUGACAGUCCCCACUCGUUAUGAGUCGACCAUGAGGUUUGUGACCGAGUCGAGCAGCGUUCCCCUUUGGCUGGGCGCCUUGUACCUGGGGGCGAACUUGACUCUCAACUCGCUCAACUUUUACUGGUUUGUCAAAAUGAUCCAGGCCGUGCAGAAGAGGUUCGAUCCCUCGCAGGCGGACCAGUCGGCAAAGGAGAAGCCGCUUUCGGACGGCACGGCCACUACAACCGCCACUGAGGUGCAGACCGAGCUCAAAUCGCGGCCUCGCCGGGGCACCAUCUUGGACGGAGAAGACGGCGAUCAGCCGCCACCAGGAAUUUGA